AAACUUUAAACCAAGAGAAAAUGAACGUCAGCGGAUGCAAUUCAAAUCCUUGCCAGAACGGAGGUUUAUGUCAGGAAACAGAUGAAAACUACGUGUGUAUUUGUCCUCCAAAACAACAAGGGGAAUAUUGUGAAAAGCAUGUCCUGCUCAAUUGUGAUUAUGUCACAUGCCCAAACGGAGGCACCUGUGUGGAGACAGCGGAGUCAUUCAAAUGUGUCUGUCCGCCGGGUUAUACUGGGCCAUAUUGUGACAUGCCUCAUACUCCAUGAGACCUGUCAAAAGGAAUGCCACGGCGCUUGAGAGCCCCGGUAGCGGCCAGAUGCGACCAGACUGACCGUUGCACAAGUGACCGUUACUGUGACUACACACUGAGCGUCUUAUGUGGGGCGUUUAACUCUUUCACAGAUGAUGAAUGGGAAAUUACUGAAAUCCAGAUCAGGCGCUUUUACUGAUUGUUUUAUGACUUGAAUCAGCCUUGGUCACCUCCGUGUUUGCUUAAUAAUUAAGAGGUUAUUAAAAGUUUCCUAAAAACGAUUUGAUUAUUUGCUUUCAAAAAAUGAUUUGCUUUCAAAAACAGGAUAAAAUCGAUGAAGAAUGAUUUGAAAAAAUAUCCACAUUGAAUUUCAAGUAUGUUUUUCAUUAUUCAAAGAAAUGUCGAUACGUAGGCCUAACAUGUGCAUUUAGGAGUGGUAUAACCUACUAACAUGCAUACAUACAACAUUAUCACAAUUUUUUUAUUUGCUUGUGUUCGUGUUUUGUAAUACGCCGACUUGUUAAAACAAUAAUAACUCUUCCUUUGAGAUUCAAAAUUCUGCAAGAAAUACAUUGUAAACAAC